AUGGAAGAGAGCAGGAAAAAGAGGAAGAGAUAUGGGGGUGGAGGACAAGGCAAUCGACCUUCCUUGGAUGGCAGCGAUGAGGAAUCAAUGCCUCUCCCAAAUCCAAUGGUUGGAUUUAACCUGCCUGGUUACAGGGGACCAUCAUUGACCCGAAUGCUUUCUAAACUAGAUAUCGGACCACCUUAUUUCUAUUAUGAAAAUGUGGCCCGAGCUCCAAAAGGUGAAUGGGCAAAAAUUUCAAGAAACCUGUUUGACAUUCAGCCAGAGUUUGUGGAUUCUCUUCAUCUGUGUGCAGCUGCAAGGAAAAGGGGCUGCAUCCACAACUUGCCAAUUGAGAACAGAUCGCCUCUUCUUCCUUUGCCCCCAAAGACCAUAUUUGAGGCAUUCCCUCAUUACCAGAAGUGGUGGCCUUCCUGGGACACGAGAACACAUCUCAAUUGCUUACAAACAUGUGUAGCAAGUGCAAAGCUGACAAAAUGGAUCCAGCGUGCUCUUGUAAGCUCAAGCAAUCCGCCGCCAAAAAGCGUUCAGAAAGAUGUCAUGGACGAGUGCAAAAAAUGGAAUCUUGUCUGGGUUGGGAAAAACAAGGUUGCCCCCUUGGAGCCUCAUGAGAUGGAAUUUCUACUUGGUUUCCCAAAGGACCACACAAGGGGAGUUGGCAAGACACAUCGAUACAAGUCUCUCGGCAACUCAUUUCAAGUUGACACAGUUGCUUACCACCUGUCAGUGCUGAGGCGCAUGUUUCCCAAUGGUGUUCGUGUGCUGUCCUUAUUCACCGGUAUUGGAGGAGGAGAGGUAGCUCUGCACAAGCUUGGGAUCCACAUGAGGGUAGUGGUUUCUGUUGAGAUAGGUGAAGCUAACAGGAGGAUUUUGAGGGGUUGGUGGGAUCAAACCCAGACAGGCACGCUGAUUGAGAUUCCUGAUGUGAAAUCUCUCACAGACGAAAGAGUUGCAUCAUUUGUUAGUAGAUUUGGUGGCUUCGACUUGGUGAUUGGGGGCAGCCCAUGUAACAAUCUUGCCGGAAGCAACCGACACCACCGUGAUGGCUUGGAGGGCAAGCACUCAGCUUUGUUCUACGACUACGUCAGAAUCUUGAAUUUUGUCAAGUCGGCCAUGGGGUAG